AUGCGCUCUCUUAGUUUGAUUCUGCUCGCCCUCGCGACCAUGCUCACUCCCAUUUCGGCGCAGUUUGGCUUCUUUGACCAAAUGUUUGGCGGAGGUGGUGGCGGCGAACAGGAGCAACAUCACGGUCACGGUCAUGGCGGGCACCAGCGACAACAGCAGAAUGCGCCGAGCGAUGGGGCAGGAUAUCGCGCCCAGUAUGCCCGUCUUCAUUGCGACAACUACCUCUGUCCCGAUACGCUUGCCUGUGUACAUUUCCCCCACCACUGCCCUUGCCCCUGGCCUGCGCACGAAGAAAAGGUUGAACUGGCUGAGGGUCAAAGGAUAUGUGUGUCCCACGGAGGCUUCAAGGCCGGAGAGGCGGCGAGGAAGGUCGAGUUAGCCCGCAAGGGGCUGCUCUGA